AUGGAUAUGGAACGACAGAAACGAAGGGAGGAAAUCCAGAAAGCAAUGGGCUUUAUUCAGUAAGGCAUCUUGAGAUUUUUAAAAAAUGUUUCCUUAUAGUCAGUACACAUAUAAGCACACAUAAAGUACAUGUGGUGACACUGAUUAAUAUAUCUCACAUUUUCUCUACAGGUCCUCCUUGCCUUUCCCUGAGCCUGAGGGUUAUGAGGUACCAAUUUGUUUCAUUCAAUGUUUAUUCUCUUGCCUGACCCAAAUUUAUGAAGCCACCUGCCUGUCAUUAAAUGUGUCGGUCCACAAAUCUGCGCUUUAUCUCAGUUAUUAAUGAUAUUUUAUCAUCCUCACAAUCUCUCUCACUCCGACCACCACCUCCUAUUCUUCUCAGGCUUUUUUGACCCAGUUGGUGUGUAACUUGCUGGAUGAGGGAAACACAGUGUUUCGGGAUAGGGAAUGGAGGCAGGCAGCACAGCAUUACAGUGAGGGGGUCAACGUGGCCCGCUAUGCUCAGGCAGAGGCACUGGUCAUCCCCCCUGAGCUUCUGGAGAGCCUCUAUGUCAACAGGGCAGCGGCACACUUUCAGUUUGUAAGACACCCACAAUUAACAAUGUUAACAUUUUUAGUUAGCUUAUGUAUGUCUCAAAAGUUAUGUUAAACCAAUAAUUAUAUCAGGUCUGAAUAAGCACUUUGUCUAAACAAAAUGGAUCCCACAUUUUAAUUUCCCCCAGACAACUUCCCAGUCAGGUUUUACAUCCAGUCCCCAUCUUCUCUCUCCCUUUCCACCUCCCUUCUCUUUCCCUCUUUCUAUGUUUGUGUCUCUGUUUAUGUCUGCCUCUCUCUCUCUCUCUCUCUGUAUAUCUCUCGCUCUCCCUGUCUCUCCCCCAGGGGGAGUUUGAGCUGGGCAUGCAUGACUGCGACAGCGCGCUGUGCGUGUGUGAGGGCAGUCGCAGGGCGCUCUACAGAAAAGCUCUCUGUCUAAGGGAGCUGGGCCGACUCCGGGAGGCCUAUGAGUGUGGCACCGGAUGCCUGCUCACUGCCCCACAUGUAAGUCAAGGCCACAGGGCACCUGAGCACCUGAACCAUAGUUAAAUUAAAAUGAUUAAUCCUUAUAGGAUUAAUAUGGAUCACCAAUUUAUUCUACUACAUACUUUUAGUUACUCACAUUUCUUUAGAUGUGUAAAAAAUGUCAGUUAAACGUAUUGUUUAUGGGAUGUACUUUAUUUCUCAUACAGGACAGGCAGGUGGGUGAACUGGCCCAGGACCUGGCUAAUAAACUAGGCCUGAAGGUUCGUAAGGCCUACAUCAGCCCUCAGGUGAGUUUAGUUACCUCUGACUCUCUAUCCACUCAAAGAUCAACAUGCCAGGACAGAUACAUUGCAUUCGGAAAGUAUUCAGACCCCUUGACUUUUUCCACAUUUUGUUACAUUACAGCCUUAUUCUAAAAUUGAUUAAAUAAAUAAAAAUCCUCAUCAAUCUGACCAUGAGAAACAAGAUUCUCUGGUCUGACGAAACCAAGAUUGAACUCUUUGGCCUGAAUGCCAAGCGUCACGUCUGGAGGAAACCGGGCACCAUCCCUACAGUGUUUUUCAGCAGCAGGGACUGGGAGACUAGUCAGGUACAAGGGAAAGAUGAACGCAGCAAAGUACAGAGAGAUCCUUGAUGAAAACCUGCUCCAGAGCGCUCAGGACCUCAGACUGGGGCGAAGGUUCACCUUCCAACAGGACAACGACCCUAAGCACACAGCCAAGACAAAGCAACCUGGACUUGAACCCGAUUGAACAUCUCUGGAGAUACAUGAAAAUAGCUGUGCAGUGACGCUCCCCAUCCAACCUGACAGAGCUUGAGAGGAUCUGCAGAGAAGAAUGGGAGAAAAUCCCCAAAUACAGGUGUGCCAAGCUUGUAGCGUCAUACCCAAGAAGACUCGAGGCUGUAAUCGCUACCAAAGGUACUGAGUAAAGGGUCUGAAUACUUAUGUAAAUGUGAUAUUUCAGGGAAAAAAACAAUUUCAUCCAUUUUAAAAUAAGGCUGUAACGUAGCAAAAUUUGUAAAAAGUCAAGGGGUCUGAAUACUUUCCGAAUGCACUGUAUCUGCUGUGGUCCAUAUAAGUGAUACUGUUCUCUUUACAGGUGGAGUCCUCAACAUCAGGGGGGGAGAGCAAUAGAGAUAAUUCUUCACCCGCAGGAGAGGUGAGUGUCUUCUCGUCUUGGAAAAAUAGUUUCUCAUUAGCUAGGUUUCCAUCCAAUUGGCGACAGAUUUUCAUGCGAAUAUUCAAAAAUCUGCAUAAAGAAAAUAUGUGAAUUUUCCCACCAGUGGUGUGUUUCCACCAAACGGACUUGUUGCGGAUAAAAAUCUGUGCACAAUGUACUUUUUUGCUUAAGUUUUAAUGUACCGAGUUAAAAAUCUAAAGUUCAAUGUGAUUCCAUCGCAUUUUCAAUUCUACCGAUUAGUUUUGUCACAAAAACUGUUGCGUUAAAUAGCAAAUGUGUCUACUCUGGUCUUGGCACGUGCACUCUAGCCAAAAGUGUGGGUAGUAGGGCUGACCCCAUUUAGUCGACUGGUAGAUUGUUUGGUCGAUAGGCUGUUGGUUGACCGAGAUUUCUUUAGUCGAGCAGUCGCAAUUGUAUAAAACAUUUUCAUGGUGCACAAGACACCUGUGUGAUUCACGCUUGUCUUAGUGGACUAAUCCAUUGCACAGUCCAUCACUCUAAGACAUGUGAUACUGAAAUUGUAUAUGGUUAUAUUAUGUGAAAAUAAUGGUGCAACACUAAUGAAUCUGAUAUUAUUUUAUAACAAAUGCGCUUUCUCCUGCAUUGGAUAUGGUCACUGUCCGUGGUUCUCAAACAAUCUUCAGUGCGCCUUAGAAUUGGCACCUUUCCCUAAGUUGCUAUGUGCAUAAUAGCAAAUGCCCUAUUCGGACUGGUUUAGUUUAGUUUUACUGGGAGUGGUCGGGUAAUGUAAUUAUGUGCACAAGCACAAAACACCACAUCUGUAAUUUUAGUCCGGUCCGAAUCUGCCAUGUCAGUAAUUUGUACAUGGCAGGAGAGUAACAAUUCCAGCCAGAGUAACCUACUGUUUUUUUGGCGAACUCCAAGGUUUUCUGAUAAUACUAGUCCCAUGCGAAUCGACAUCCCUGUGUUUUGAGAGAAAAGUCUGAGUUUGACAGGUGUUGCUCACGGUUUGAGCAAGAAACAAUAACUGAUUCGAUAAAUUUAAAGAAGUGCUGCACAUAGCCUAUAUAUGAAGGGCCUACAUGUAUCAACUUUCACAGUGAAUGCUUUUAUUCAUACAGUGCAUUUGGAAAGUAUUCAGAUCCUUCCCUUUUUCCACAUUUUGUCACGUUACAGCCUUAUUCUAAAAUAGAUUAAAUAAAUGUUUUCCCUCAUCAAUCUACACACAAUACCCCAUAUGGUGCACAUUUAUUAAAGAUAAACAGAAAUACCUUAUUUCAAUUGAUUGGACAUGAUUUGUAAAGGCACACACCUGUCUAUAUAAGGUCCCACAGUUAACAGUGCAUGUCAGAGCAAAAACCAAGCCAUGAGGUAGAAGGAAUUGUCCGUAGAGCUCCGAGACAGGAUUGUAUCGAGGCACAGAUCUGGGGAAGCGUACCAAAGAUUGAAGGUCCCCAAGAUAACAGUGGCCUCCAUUAUUCUUAAAUGGAAGAAGUUUGGAACUUCUUAAAUUACUUAUAAUUUAUUUAAUGUCGUUUACACUUCCAAACAGGCAGAAAAAUUAUAUUGUAAUCUAACAGCACCUGUUUGUCACACAUAAUAUGUACACAGCUCUCGCUCCUAUACCCUCCUUUUUCUUGAUCUCCUUAUUAUUGUUAUUAUGAUUAUUAUUAUUAUUAUUAUGAUCAUUAUUAAUAAGUCAUGUCGUUAGCAUUAGUAGGCUUUGUAUAGUAGCCUUGUAUAACCACCAUCGAGCUGUAGGCCUAAGAGCGUGUCUUGUUUAGUCUUAAUACCAUAACUUUCUUAUGCCUAUAUUUCAAUAUAUAGGCUACUGUAUCAAUCAUUCAUUAAUUCAUUCAAAUUAGGGAUUUCGGUAACAUAACUUUUCAGUCAGAAACAAGUAAGAAACUAAAUGGCUGAAAUUAUGUUGCAGGGACAGCGCAACAAACGCUUGCUGUGCUGUGGUGCCUUUUGGCUGCAGUAGGGAGGAGAGCGAGACAACGUGCGCCAGUCACACAGGCACUCGCUGUCAUUUUCUGUGACCAGUGUGACCAUCGGGCUCUUUCGUGAGCCAUUCGUGUGGCUUAAUUAUUUAAUCAAACAGUGUUCUUAAAGCAUCAGACAAGCUUAGUGCAUAUGUAGUUGAUUUUAUUCAAACACAUAGGAUGUAUAUGUCUAUAUAUGGAAAAAUAAGUUUAAACAUUUAGACCAAUUGAUUGGUCGAAAGAACAGUACUACUCUCGGUCGACUAAGAUUUUUUUUAGUCGGGGACAGCCCUAGCGGGUAGGUUAGUCUACAUGAUGAGGUUAGUAUUGGUAAGAGCGAGAAUAUUUGUAUUAGUCAAAUGGCAGUCAAGCAUCUAUAAUCAUGUCACCAGAAUAAGAGCCUCAAUAUUUAUUGGAAAGGAGCAUCAAGGGCACUUUCACCACCCUGUGAAGUUCAUCAUAACUUAUUUCAUCUGUAGCCUAAGUGCAUGGUUUCCCGAGUCGUAGUGGGAGGACCACACCAUAUCAUCGCGUGACUUCAAGUUUACUUCUAUGUUAUGGUUAUUAUAGCAAUAUUUUCACAUAAAAGCAUUUCCACUGCCAUUUCUCGCAUAAUUCAGUUUACCGACACAAAGAUCCCGAAUGAACAAAUUAUCUUUCUUAUUACGGGCAAAUGGGGUGAAUGGUUAAUGUUUUGAUUAACCAAGCCUUGUCUCUUUUAUUUUAGAUGUCCUCCAAUGGGCUAGAAUCUUUGACUGACAUUGCAUCAGGUAUGGCAGCCCACCAUAAAAACAUAACAUUACGUUUAACUUUAACUAUUUUUUUGGCAUUGUCAUUAGCGUUUCUCUCUAAAAUUCCCUUCUCUACCUUCUCUCCAUGACCCGAUCUCCUCUUCCUCUUCAUUCCUCCUUUUUCUUUAUCCCUCUCCUCCCUCCCAGCUGAUCUGUCCAGCACCCAGUGUAUCCCCGCCCCUCUGGCCACACCCAUCCCUGUCAGCGAUGACCCCUCAAGCCCAGUGGCCACGCCCUUUGCUGACCUAUCAGAUAGCCCCAGUAUGGGCCUGCCCCCCAUGCCCUACUCUGUCCCCGUGUCGAAGCACAUGGAGGAGUGCAGUGUGAUCCCUGACGAUCUGGACAGCCUGCUGGGGGACUGCAUCUCCAAGAAAGUCAAUGAGGUGAGAGGGUCGCUACUAGGGUCACUCCAAGGAAGGAUGCUGGCCGUGCUGAGUUCCUCCCUCUGUUGAUCAGUAGACAUUUGAUGAGAGAGGAGGUACAGACAUUAGUCAGUAGAAUAUAGGAACAUUUAAGAAAGUAUUUCCGUGACUUGCAUGACAGCAGUGGAGUAAAGUACUUAAGUAAAAAUACUUUAAAGUACUACUUAAGUAGUUUUUUGGGUAUCUGUACUUUACUAUUUAUAUUUUUGACAACUUUUACUUCACUACAUUCCUAAAGAAAAUAAUGUACUUUUUACUCUAUACAUUUUCUCUGACACCCAAAAGUACUUGUUACAUUUUGACUGAAAAAUGGUCCAAUUCACCCACUUAUCAAGAACAUCCCUGGUCAUCCCUACUGCCUCUGAUCUGGCAGACUCACUAAACACAAAUGCUUCGUUUGUAAAUUAAUGUCUGAGUGUUUGAGUGUGCCUCUGGCUAUCCGUAAUUUAAAAAAAACACAAGAAAAUGUGCCGUCUGGUUUUAUUGAUAUUUUUACUUUUGAUACUUAAGUAUAUUUAAACCAAAUACUUUUAGACUUUUACUCAAGUAGUAUUUUAAUGGGUUACUUUCACCUUUACUUGAGUUAUUUUCUAUUAAGGUAUCUUUACUUUUAAUCAAGUAUGACUUUUUAGUACUUUUUCCACCACUGUCUGACAGGGGGUGCACAUUUUAGUGGUUUAAUUUCCACCACUGAAGUACAUUACAUGGAACACAGAGCUAUGCGUUUCUGGUCUAGAAGGAGAAAUAGAAUAACAUGGAUAAUGUCAUAUGUCUCUCUCUCCCUCUCUUAAAGUCACAGAGCCCAGUCCAAGGCGUUAUCCCCACCAACCUCCCCAACACAGCUGUGGGCCUGCACCCUCCAUACUCCUCCAGCCUCCCCUCGCCCCAGCUACCCCCCGCCGCCUUCAGUUCCUCGGUCAGCCAGAUGUCCGCCCUGGAGCCCUACCCCUCACUGGGCCAGAGGGACCAAACCUCCACACAGGCGCUGGACGCCCUGGGGGCCUUUUCCCCAGGGGCUGGGGACACAGAGGGCAAAGGAGGGGCUGGAAUUGGAGGGCUGGACUCCCUCUCUGAGUACACCUUGCCUGGUGAGUGGAUGAUACAUAUGAACAAGGUGUAUGGGUCUGGGUGUGUGUUUGAUGAUGUCAAUUAUAUUGAAAACAGCAAAGCCAUUGUAGCAGUUUUUUUUUUGCCACUAUCCAGUCUUAUUUUGCAACCAUACAGUUUAAACCUGCAUCAGCUGUUACUUAAACCUUCCCGGGACUGCCCAGUGACCCUGAACAGUCCUCGGGGCAUGCGUUAGUGGUUGUUGAAGCUAGUCCUUGUCAGCAGCACUGCUGUAAGGCCACCUGUGUCCUUGUGUUGCUGUUCUGUUCUCCAGGGGGAAGAAUUUCUCACAGCUUCAUCCCUGGGAUCCGCAAACACAGCUCCACUCACACAGCAGUAAGACAGCGGCAUAACGCCUGAACACUCCGAUGGAUACUCUCAACUUCUUUCUCCUCUCUUCUGAGUUUAUCACAACAUGGAUGUCUUUGGCUGCUCCUACUAUACUUUUAAAUCCCAGAUUACAUUUAUUCUAUUGUUGUUAUUUACUUUUGUGAUAUUCCUAGUUCUGAUAACUUGCAUGUAAAUUGUGGUUUUUCAUAAUGAAGAUAAUGUAUUUAAUCUGGUGAUGGAUUGGUUUGUCUUUGUCUCCCCCCUCAGAAUGUUCCAGCAGGUACCAACCUCUCCCUGCUCUCCCGGAACCCACUGGCUGCCAGCCACGAGUUCAGACAGGCCUGCCAUGCCUGUUACAGCCGAAUAGGUACACGGCUACAUUGACCUUUCUUUUACCCCUCCAGAAUAUGUUACGUUGAGGAUUUAUUUUAUACUAAGCAGUAUAAAGUCAAGGUUGUCUGUUACAUCAAUGUCUGCAUAAUUGCACCUUGUGGGAUAAAUAAAGUAUUUUUAAUAAAAAUGAAUUGAAUGUUGCAGUUGAAUGAUAAGUCCCCCUACUCUUUUCUCUGCAGGUUCGCAGGUGAUGGACUACCAGUACCAGCCGGAAGCGGCUCACCGCUGUAAGAGGGACGUGCUGCUGUCUCGCUUCAAGAACACAGAAGACCCCACCUGGAAGAGGGUCAGGCCUCGCCCCACUAGAAACAACUUCCUGGGGGCGUUCGUGCUGUGCAAAGGUACGUAUGUGUGGGUACGUGUGUGUGUACAUGCAUGUUCGCUCACUCAAAUAAGCACAGAAGUGCUGGCAGUAGUUUUAAUGUUGCUUAAACAGAAUUUGCCCAUCAGUGAUAGUAUGUACUCUCUAUCUCAUCCCCCUUUCCUGUUCCUCCUCUGGCUCCCUGAAGAGGUCCAGGAGCGCCAGGAAUGCCAGUACGGGGAGAACUGCACGUUUGCCUACUGCCAGGAGGAGAUAGACGUGUGGACCCAGGAGAGGAAGGGGGCUCUGAGCAGGGAGCUGCUGUUUGACCCGCUGGGCAGCACCGAGAGACGGGCACUCAGCGUCACACACCUGCUGCAGCUGCACAUGUGCAUGUUCAUGUUCCUCUGUGAGGUAGGGUGUGAUGCACGCACACAUACCUCCACAUGGUGAACUUCGCAGUAUUCUGUAUGUACAGAACAUUCAUACACACUCCGUUUCGCUCUCUCUCCCUCUCUGCAGGAAUGUUUUGACAGUAAGCCUCGCAUCAUCAGCAAGCGCAGCAAAGAGAACUUGGCUGUCUGCUCAAACCUCACCGCCCGGCAUCCCUUCGACGAUAACAAGUGAGUCUUCUCCUAGACCUAAAAAGUUCUGUACUUUUCAGUCAUCUCUCUGUCCUUCAUUGUAUCAGAUCCAAAUAAGCACUAUCUUAGUAUAAUGGAUCCUAAAUCCAAUUUCCCUCAGACAAUAUUCCGGUCAGCUACUUGGACCCUGUCCCCUUCUACCCUCUUGCCCUCUCCUUCUCUCUCCCUCUAUCUCAUCCCUGUCUUCUCAGGUGCCUAGUGCAUGUGGUGCGUUCUGCCAACGUGCGCUACAGUAAGGUGCGCCCGCUGCACCCCCUCUGCCAGUUUGACGUGUGUCGCCACGAGGUGCGUUACGGCUGCCAACGCGAGGACAGCUGCUCGUUCGCCCAUUCCGUCAUAGAACUCAAGUGCUGGGUACUGCAGCAGGACACAGGUACAGAAGUACUCAUGUGUUUGCACGCAUGGAUGCACACACAGACACACGCUAUUAAGGAUUGCAGCAAAAUAACCAAAGUUCAUGCUAUCAUCUGUUACUUUGUGUGUCUCUCUUAACUUCCCUCUCUCUCCCAGGUAUCACCCACGAAGAGAUGGUACAGGAGUCCAAGAGGCACUGGUACAGGCUAGAGCAAAAUGCUCAGAGACAGAAGGUGAGCAUGAGAUGGGCACGAUGCCCUUGUCUCCUAAUACAAUACAUCAUUUGGGCUAUUGUUUUAAGGGCCUGAUUUACAAAAUCUCUCUCACUCUCAGCCUAUGCAUGUCCCACACCAGAGCUGUAGUGGAGGGGUGGGGGGAAUAGGGGGAGACAACCUUGGGGGUGGAGGGGAUGGCUCCGGAGGAGGAGGAGGGAGAGGCAGGGAGCUGAACCUGAAGAUGAAGUUUGUCGGUGGCCAGUGCUGGAGGGACGGACAGGUCCACGAACAAGACAAGGCCCUCAAGUACUGCACUGCUAAAGCACGGCACAGGUGAGAGACUAUAUCAAACUGACAUCUGCACUGAUGGUAAGUGCUGAAGUUCUCGUGUCAAUAUUAGGCUGAAGGCGCUACCAUCUGAUUCAUGACCAGGCCUGAACUGGUAAUUAAUAGGGUAAAAGGAAUGUUAAGGAAAUAGGCCCCUUAAAGGAUUAACUCUAUGGAAAUGCAUAAUACCUUGCUCUGAAUGGUCAAUUUCACUAACUUGAUGAUUGAAGUCUAUAAUCAUGUGUUCUUUCUUUCUUUCUCCCUCACUUUUCUCUUUCUCCCACCCAUCUCUCAUCUCUCUUCCCUCUCUUCCUCAUCUCUGUCUUCCCCUUUCCCCCUCUCUCCAGCUGGACUAAGGAGCGUCAGGUAUUGCUGGUGAAGUCUUUUGAGAAGAAGAAGUGGGUCGUUGUGCGGCCGCUUCCCUUCUCGCGUACAUACCCACAGCAGUACGACGUAAGUCUCUAUCCCUCCACUCUCUCUUUUCUCCCUUCCCCUUUCUCAUACACAGUCACACCCACAUAAGUAUGAACUGAGUCACCCCUCUCUCCCUCUCAUCCUUUUGAUCCCUCCCUCCCUCCCCUCGGGGUCUGUUUUAAUCUCUCCAAUCAGGCAGUCAUUUCCAGCAGACCUCUCACAUGCUGAAUACAGCCAAUGUUGUUUACAGCUCUCCUCCUCUCCUCUUUACACCCGUAGGCAGCUUGGCCUUUGUUCCACAAUAGGUUAGCUAUCUGUCUUGCUACUACUUGUGAAGGAAAAGGGUUUCGGUAACAAAGGGCCAGUAUGUCGGCAUCCGUUUCACUUGUGUUUUGACAUCCGAUUAUAAGGAUUGUCAAAUAAAAAAUAAAAAAAUCACAGGAAAGUAUACAAUAUGGACAUGAAGUGCUGUGAUAAAGUAGUAAUAAAGCAGUGUCUCCCUAGAUGUGUGUCCAUGUGAUGAAGCAGAAGAAGUGCCACUACAUCGGGAACUGUUCCUUCGCCCACAGUCUGGAAGAGAGGGACGUCUGGACGUACAUGAAGAACAACAGCUGGAAGAUUCUGUCUUUCUGUUGCUUUCCUCUCAUUAUUUUCCUAUUUUUGUGUGUGCAUCAUGGCCAAACAAAUAAGUGUAUUUACAGUGUAUUUGUUUGCGUUGCUAACCCAUGUCCCCUCCUGUCCACAGUGCGGGACAUGCAGCUGAUGUAUGACAUGUGGCUCACGCUGACCAAUCAGAACAGACGCACUGAUGGAAGCCUCAUGACCCCGCCUCCGGAGGAGAAACAGGUUUCUAUGAUGACAGAUUACACUUAAUCAUUGGUGAGUGGCUUAAGUCAUGGGGUACUCAUGACUUACCUUACCUGACUGUCUUUUUAGCUAUUUAUGAAUGUGUUAUUCAAUGCAUUUCUAUGGGCUGUAGUAGUAGUAGUAGUAGUAGUCAAAAAAUAAAUCAUAAGGUUUGGAAGUGUACAGUGCCUUUGGAAAGUAUUCAGACCCCUUGACUUUUUCCACAUUUUGUUACGUUACAGCCUUAUUCUAAAAUUGAUUCAAUUGUUUUUUCCCCUCCUCAAUCUACACACAAUACCCCAUAAUGACAAAGCAAAAACACGUUUAUUAAACAUAAAAACAUAAAACAUCACAUUUACAUAAGUAUUCAGACCCUUUACUCAGUACUUUGUUGAAUCACCUUUGGCAGCGAUUACAGCAUUGAGGCUUCUUGGGUAUGACGCUACAAGCUUGGCACAGGAGUGGCUUCCGUCUGGCCACUCUACCAUAAAGGCCUAAUUGGUGGAGUGCUGCAGAGAUGGUUGUCCUUCUGGAAGGUUCUCCCAUCUCCACAGAGGAACUCUAGAGCUCUGUCAGAGUGACCCUCGUGUUCUUGGUCACCUCCCUGACCAAGGCUCUUCUCCCCCGAUUGCUCAGUUUGGCCGGGCGGCCAGCUCAAGGAAGAGUCUUGGUGGUUCCAAACUUCUUCCAUUUAAGAAUGAUGGAGGCCACUGUGUUCUUGCAGACAUUUUUUGGUACCCUUCCCCAGAUCUGUGCCUUGACACAAUCCUGUCUCGGACCUCUAUGGACAAUUCCUUCGACCUCAUGGCUUGGUUUUUGCUCUGACAUGCACUGUCAACGGUGUGACCUUAUAUAGACAGGUGUGUGCCUUUCCAAAUCAUGUCCAAUCAAUUGAAUUUACCACAGGUGGACUCCAAUCAAGUUGUAGAAACAUCUCAAGGAUGAUCAAUGGAAACGGGAUGCACCUGAGCUCAAUUUCGAGUCUCAUAGCAAAGUCUGAAUACUUAUGUAAAUAAGGUAUAUCUUUUUUUUUUUUAUGCAUUUGCAAAAAUGUCUAAACCUGUUUUUGCUUUGUCAUUAUGGGGUAUUGUGUGUAGAUUGGAGAGGAUUUCAAUUUAUUUAAUCCAUUUUAGAAAAAGGCUGUAACGUAACAAAAUGUGGAAAAAGUCAAGGGGUCUGAGUACUUUCUGAAGGCACUUUAUGUCCUAUAUCUAGGAGAUAUAAUAAAUAAAUAUUAUUUUUUUAAUCCCUUGUUUUAGUUGGCACAACUACCUCCAUACUUCCAUUCCUUUUUGAAUGGGUUAUCUUCAGAAGAGUCCCGUGACACUUGUGGGGGUCGUAGAGAAAAACUCCAUUGUGUUCGUGAGAGUCUCCCCUUUCAAUAGAGUGCAAUAAUAGUUUGCAGGCCAAACCGUUCGGACGCUACAUAGGUUUUUGUGAGAUGUCUCAUGGUCUGACAAACACCGCUGUAGCUCUGCCACCUUCCACCGCAGAUGCAGAAGGCCGACAUAGGCGGAUACGGUGGAUUGAGACACAGCCCAUUUCAAAAACCUGAUAGCUCUAGCUUUUAGACUGACGGAUUUUGAUGUGGAUUUUUUUUAUGUUACUUAGAUUUGACCCACGGGUGUGUCAGUAGACUUCUUAAGGAUUAAAGACAAGUGGUAUUUUUUUAUUCAUUUGUGUGUGUGUGUGUCAGUCUGGGCGGCGGUUGUCAGGAGGAGGAGAUAUGUGAGUGUUGUCAUGCUGAGGAGGAGCUGGCCCUGGAGCUGUGGAUA